AUGAACGAAUCCGUUGAUAACCUAAACGCUGACACUGACAACACCAACAAUAGCAGCAACAACAACAACAACAACAACAGCAGCAGCAACGCAGGCAACGAUGCCGAAUCGGAUGAGGAAGUCAUCGAGGGCAUGGCCCUGCUCGAGGGGAAUUAUCAAGUGCUACGACAAUGGGUGCCGCCAGCACCCAACUAUUGGGAUGCGCCACCCAAGGCGAUUAUCAAAUCGGCCGAAGUGAGGCCCAUCAGCCGCACGCCGCUGACGCAGAUCUCCUAUCUGCAGAAGAUCCCGACUCUACCGCGCCACUUCUCGCCGAGUGCACAUGGAUCCGGUCUGCCGCCACCGCCAUUGGGCGCUGGUCUGCGAACGGCCAGCGGCAGUCUUGGCCUGCCCAGCAGCACAUCUGCGAGCGCUCUGUACGCGUCUCAAAAUGCGGGCAUGUUGCCCACAUCGCCGCUGCCACUGCAACGGCAUCAGCAAUACUUGCCGCCGCAUCACCAGCAGCUGCCGCCUGCCGCAGCCGCCCAAUACUCGCCCGCUGCCUCAGCCAGCUCCUCCAACUCCAAGUACUCCAAUUCGUCGCUGAAACAGCAACCACUGCCUCCACAUCAGCAUCAGCACCAACAUCAGCAUCAGCUUUCGCCGGCGCUAUCGACGCCGUCGCCACCAUCGCUGCUGCAUCAUCCGUCGUCGGCGCAUGCGCCCUUCCUCGCCGGACCGCACAUGGACAUGCAGCGUCAGUCGCACUCGGACGAUGACAGCGGCUGCGCUCUGGAGGAAUAUACCUGGGUGCCGCCCGGACUGCGACCCGAUCAGGUUCGCUUGUAUUUCUCACAGAUACCCGACGACAAAGUGCCAUACGUCAACAGUCCCGGCGAGCAGUAUCGUGUGCGACAAUUGCUGCAUCAACUUCCGCCGCAUGAUAACGAGGUUCGUUACUGUCACUCAUUGACGGAUGAGGAGCGCAAGGAGCUGCGCCUCUUCUCCACGCAACGCAAGCGGGAUGCACUCGGUCGUGGCAACGUCCGGCAGCUGAUGAGCGCACGUCCAUGCGAUGGUUGCGACGAAUUAAUUUCUACUGGCGACAUCGCCGUGUUUGCCACACGUCUCGGACCCAAUGCCUCCUGGCACCCGGCGUGCUUUACGUGCUGCAUUUGUCGCGAGUUGCUGGUGGAUCUCAUCUAUUUUCAUCGCGAUGGCCGCAUGUAUUGUGGUCGACACCAUGCCGAGACUCUCAAGCCGCGCUGCUCCGCCUGCGAUGAGAUUAUCCUUGCCGACGAGUGCACCGAAGCCGAAGGACGUGCCUGGCACAUGAAUCAUUUCGCUUGCCACGAGUGCGACAAACAACUAGGCGGCCAACGUUACAUAAUGCGAGAGGGUAAGCCCUAUUGCCUGCUCUGCUUUGACGCCAUGUUCGCCGAGUACUGCGAUUACUGCGGCGAGGCCAUUGGCGUGGAUCAGGGCCAAAUGAGUCACGACGGACAGCACUGGCAUGCCACAGACGAGUGCUUCUCGUGCAACACUUGCCGAUGCUCGCUGCUGGGUCGCGCCUUUUUACCUCGUCGGGGCGCCAUCUACUGCUCCAUAGCUUGCAGCAAAGGGGAACCACCGACGCCGUCGGACAGCUCGGGCACGGGCAUGUAUACCACACCCACACCACCCACCCAACGCGUCCGCCCACAGACUCGCAUACCUAGCAGCCACGCCUCCAGUUCGCCGCCCAUGUCGCCACAGCAGCAGCAACAGCAUCAGGCCAGCUUCAAUCAGGCCAUGUACCAUCUGCAGAGCCAGCAGCUGGCGGCGGUGGGUCUGGGCGCGGAACUUACGCUGCUCGAGCACGCCAAGCAAAGUUACCCAACAUCGGACUCAGACGCGGGUGUCGUCAAAGAUUCGGAGCACGGUGCUGGCGACUUUACGGACUUCUCCGGUGGCCGCGCCUCAAGCACCUCCCAGAACAUGUCUCCGCUCAACUCACCGGGUGAUUUUCAACCGCAUUUGAUGCCAAAGCCCAUGGAACUGCAACGCGACGGUAUCUACAACUUCAACGAGAUGGCGCUUAAUUUGGAUGCGGCGUGGCCGGCAAAGCCCCCGUUGGGUGCCACACACAGCUAUCAGUUGCAAAGACAAUUGCAGCAGGUCUCCAAAUUAGAGAACUCCAUAACGUCGAGCAUGCCCGAACUGACGGCUGCUGGUGGUCAACAAAUGCCGCACUAUUCGCAGAUACCUGCAUCUUCAGGAGCACAGAGCACAGUACCACUGCAUGCCUCUGCGCAGCAGUUCUCUGCUCCACAGCACGAGUAUGUGGACAUUAUGCAUGCGCCACCACCGCCACCACCCUCCGAAAUACCCGAACUGCCCACACCCAAUCUUUCCGUGGCCUCCACUGCUCUACCGCCCGAACUAAUGGGCUCACCCACACAUUCGGCAGGAGACCGUUCCCUCAACACCCCUCUGUCCACACAGUCGGCCAAUCAACCAACCACACAUCCCGUCUCUAUACUGAGCGGCGCCUCCUCGUCAUCGCCAAUGAGCGGUGCCAAUAGUGGUGAGGGCAAGAAAAAAGGCGUGCGCUUUGAGGGCAUUCCAGACACCUUACCAAGAUCGCGCAGCUACUCUGGUAAUGGCGCUGGUACUGCCGGCGGCGGAGGUAGCAGCCAUGCUGAGGGCAGUAGUCGGCAGACACGUGAGCGCGAUGGCCAUGGACAUUCCUCACGCCGACGCAGACGACGCAAGUCGUCCAGCCACCACCGCAGUGGCAGCGGCCAUCGCUCCCACUCGACCACGCGUGCCGACACCUAUGCACCCGCUCAGCCGCUCUCCUCCUCCUACCAAGGUCCACCCUCACUGCUGCAUAGUGCGCUGGCCGAGGGCGAUGCACAUAAGCCGCCAAAGCAACACUCUCGCGACUCAGAGGAGGAUGAUGCCUCCAGCGUAUGCUCGACGUGCUCCUCUAGUUCGUCAAGCUCCGAGGACUACAUGAUGAUGUAUCAACUGCCGCAGCGUCGUCAUUAUGGCGGCGUACGCGUCAGCUACGUUCCCAACGACGCCCUGGCGUACGAUCGCAAACGCAAGCCCUCGGAACUGGGUGACAAGGACAAAAACUGCAUCAUCUCGUGAUGCUGUUCAAAGCUGCUCGAGGGCAUCACAAUUAGCGUUGAUUGCUUGCGAACGCGCGAUUAUAAAUGUGGCGCUGGCGGCGCUAAAUCAAUGGACAUGGACAUGGACACUAACGAAGUAGUCGCCAAUGAACCGGCUCUGUCCAGUUUCGGUUCCAGAUGCACUGGAUUUGCAUUUGAAUGUACGCCACUUCCAUGUCAACUCAACAAAGCAAUAAAGUUCAACUUGAUUUUAAGGGUUAGGCAACUAUGAAACAAUAAGAGCCACCACAAUGGGCUCAACACGGUUCCAAAUACACAUCCCUACGAAAGUAAGCUACAAAGUGAAAGUAAUAUAAUUUAAUUAUAUUUUUAUACUCGUACCACAUAAACGAUGCAUAAGUUUUAAAUUAAAUUAGUGAUAGGAUGUCGAUUACUUAUUUAUAUAUCCGAGGGUAAGUCGGGCAGACUAAGAACAGAUUUAUAUAUAUUUAUACCCACUAAGAUCUAUGCAACAACUAUUUACAAUAUCAAACCUACACUAUUUAAUUGAUUCGAUUGGCUAAAGAAAAUUAACAAUAAUUGUACAAUUGUAAGCUGUAUUCUUAAUUAAAUAACAUAAAUAAAGAGUUCAAAGGAAUAUAAUA